CUUUGUCUUCGAAAACGUUUUAGUGGACGAAAGCACUCAAAGUUUGGAACCGUCAACAUUGAUUGCGAUGGGACGUGGGUGUAGGAAGCUAGUGCUGGUGGGUGAUCAUAAACAGUUGCCGCCGACUGUUAUGCUACAUAGUUUGGAAACCUCCCCCCCAAAUAUUAAAUUUGUUGAGAAGAUGAAUUUUAGAUUAUAUUAUACUGGAGUGAGCCUACUAUAACUACUUACGUACUCACGCCUGAUUACACGUCUUCAAACCUUUCCAGCCACUUCUAUGUAAGUCCCCUCAUCCGCCCGCUGCCGAUCACACGUCUUCAAACCUUUCCAGCCACUUCUAUGUAAGUCCCCUCAUCCGCCAGCCACUUCUAUGUAAGUCCCCUCAUCCGCCAGCCACUUCUAUGUAAGUCCCCUCAUCCGCCCGCUGUCCCUUUUCAUACUCUUCCAGCCACUUCUAUGUAAGUCCCCUCAUCCGCCAGCCACUUCUAUGUAAGUCCCCUCAUCCGCCCGCUGCCCCUUUUCAUACUCUUCCUGAGUCGCAGUGCCGGAGCCGCUUUACGGUUCUCGCUGUUCGAAAGAUUAGUCCAGAGCCUCAAGUAUGGG